GGUUUCUAUCUUUUUAAGCAACCUGGAUCUCGUAAUGAUCCCAAAGUGAUUCGAGCUCGAUUCAAGGCUGUUACUGUGGCCUCCAUAGUUUCAGCUUUGAUUGUAUGGUCUAUGGUUGAUAAACAAGAUACACUGACUGUGUUAGGUAUGAGUAGACCCAAGUUGUUUGCACACAUCCUACGUCCAUUAUUGCUUACGGUCAUGCUUUUUUGGGUCCCUUGUCCAUCAUGUUUUUCGAUCGAGAGUUGCCGUUUCAAAAACACUUUGACUUUCAUCGCGAUGUAGUAGAGAAUGUGACAACUUUGGUAGGACAGAGAAAUUACAUGGUAGCACCCUUGACUGAGGAAUUUGUUUUUCGCUCAUGUAUGAUUGCCGUAUUAUAUCAAGCAGGUUAUUCCAAGAAUUACUUGAUAUUUAUUUCUCCACUUUAUUUUGGCAUUGCUCACUUACAUCAUGCUUGGGAUAAUUAUAAUAAAAUGAAUCGAACCACGAGGGCUUUAAAGAAUGCGAUAUUAUCGUCCUCCUUUCAGUUUGUGUAUACUACAUUGUUUGGAUGGUACGCUAGCUACUUGUUCUUGAGAUCAGGCAAUCUUAUGCCUCCUGUACUAAGUCACUCAUUCUGUAACAUAAUGGGUUUCCCUGAUUUCAGUAGUAUUAACCAUCGAUCCAGACUACAAAAAGCAGUAAUUUAUAUGUGUUUUCCAAUUGGUAUUUGGUUAUUUAUUUACAACUUUCAAUAUUUGACUCAUAGUGAUUCAAUCUACUGGUGAAGAAAAACAAAACAAUC